UCCGGCCGUGGCGACGGUGAGGGGCGGCGGCCCAACGGCGGGAGAUUCAAACCUGGAAAAAGGAGGAACAUGGAGAGGAGAGCAGCGGGCCCAGGCCGGGCAGCGUAUGAACGCCUCACAGCUGAGGAAAUGGAUGAGCAGAGGCGGCAGAAUGUUGCCUAUCGGUACCUGUGCCGGCUGGAGGAGGCCAAGCGCUGGAUGGAAGCCUGCCUGAAGGAGGAGCUUCCUUCCCCGGUGGAGCUGGAGGAGAGCCUUCGCAAUGGAGUGCUGCUGGCCAAGCUGGGCCACUGUUUUGCACCCUCCGUGGUUCCCUUGAAGAAGAUCUAUGAUGUGGAGCAGCUGCGGUACCAGGCAACUGGCUUACAUUUCCGUCACACAGACAACAUCAACUUUUGGCUGUCUGCAAUAGCCCACAUUGGUCUGCCUUCGACCUUCUUCCCAGAGACCACGGACAUCUAUGACAAAAAGAACAUGCCCCGGGUAGUCUACUGCAUCCAUGCUCUCAGUCUCUUCCUCUUCCGGCUGGGAUUGGCCCCUCAGAUACAUGAUCUAUACGGGAAAGUGAAAUUCACAGCUGAGGAACUCAGCAACAUGGCAUCCGAACUGGCCAAAUAUGGCCUCCAGCUGCCUGCCUUCAGCAAGAUCGGGGGCAUCCUGGCCAAUGAGCUAUCAGUGGAUGAGGCUGCAGUCCAUGCAGCUGUUCUUGCCAUCAAUGAAGCAGUGGAGCGAGGGGUGGUGGAGGACACCCUGGCUGCCUUGCAGAAUCCCAGUGCUCUUCUGGAGAAUCUCCGAGAGCCUCUGGCAGCCAUCUACCAGGAGAUACUGGCCCAGGCCAAGAUGGAGAAGGCAGCCAAUGCCAGGAACCAUGAUGAAAGAGAAAGCCAGGACAUCUAUGACCACUACCUAACUCAGGCUGAAAUCCAGGGCAAUAUCAACCAUGUCAACGUCCAUGGGGCUCUAGAAGUUGUUGAUGAUGCCCUGGAAAGACAGAGCCCUGAAGUCUUGCUCAAGGCCCUUCAAGACCCUGCCCUGGCCCUGCGAGGGGUGAGGAGAGACUUUGCUGUCUGGUACCUGGAGCAAUUGAGCUCAGACAGAGAGCAGAAGGCACAGGAGCUGGGCCUGGUGGAGCUUCUGGAAAAGGAGGAAGUCCAGGCUGGUGUGGCUGCAGCCAACACAAAGGGUGACCAGGAACAAGCCAUGCUCCAUGCUGUGCAGCGGAUCAACAAAGCCAUCCAGAGGGGAGUGGCGGCUGACACUGUGAAGGAGCUGAUGUGCCCUGAGGCCCAGCUGCCUCCAGUGUACCCUGUUGCGUCAGCUAUGUACCAGCAGGAGCUGGCAGUGCUCCAGCGGCAGCAGCAGGGGGAGCUUGGCCAGGAGGAGCUCUUCGUGGCUGUGGAGAUGCUCUCAGCUGUGGUCCUGAUUAACCGGGCCCUGGAGGCCCAGGAUGCCAGUGGCUUCUGGAGCAGCCUGGUGAACCCUGCCACAGGCCUGGCAGAGGUGGAAGGAGAAAAUGCCCAGCGUUACUUCGAUGCCCUGCUGAAAUUGCGACAGGAGCGUGGGAUGGGUGAGGACUUCCUGAGCUGGAAUGACCUGCAGGCCACCGUGAGCCAGGUCAAUGCACAGGCCCAGGAAGAGACUGACCGGGUCCUUGCAAUCAGCCUCAUCAAUGAGGCUCUGGACAAAGGCAGCCCUGAGAAGACUCUGUCUGCCCUACUGCUUCCUGCAGCUGGCCUCGAUGAUAUCAGCCUCCCUGUCGCCCCUCGGUACCAUCUCCUCCUUGUGGCAGCCAAAAGGCAGAAGGCCCAGGUGACAGGGGAUCCUGGAGCUGUGCUGUGGCUUGAGGAGAUCCGCCAGGGAGUGGUCAGAGCCAACCAGGACACUAAUACAGCUCAGAGAAUGGCUCUUGGUGUGGCCGCCAUCAAUCAAGCCAUCAAGGAGGGCAAGGCAGCCCAGACUGAGCGGGUGUUGAGGAACCCCGCAGUGGCCCUUCGAGGGGUAGUUCCCAACUGUGCCAACGGCUACCAGCGAGCCCUGGAAGGUGCCAUGGCAAAGAAACGGCGUCCAGCAGACUCAGCUUUCUGGGUUCAACAUGACAUGAACGAUGGCACUGCCUACUACUUCCAUCUGCAGACCUUCCAGGGGACCUGGGAGCAACCCUCUGGCUGCCGCCUCCACACCUCUCACCUGACCCGGGAGGAGAUCCAGUCAGCUGUCACCAAGGUCACUGCUGCCUAUGACCGCCAACAGCUCUGGAAAGCCAACACGGGCUUUGUCGUCCAGCUCCAGGCCCGCCUCCGUGGCUUCCUAGUUCGACAGAAGUUUGCUGAGCAUUCCCACUUUCUGAGGACCUGGCUCCCAGCAGUCAUCCAGAUCCAGGCUCAUUGGCGGGGUUAUAGGCAGCGGAAGAUUUACCUGGAGCGGUUGCAGUAUUUUAAGGCAAACCUGGAUGCCAUAAUCAAGAUCCAGGCCUGGGCCCGGAUGUGGGCAACUCGGAGGCAAUACCUGAGGCGUCUGCACUACUUCCAGAAGAACGUUAAGUCCAUUGUAAAGAUCCAGGCAUUUUUCCGAGCCAGGAAAGCCCAGGAUGACUACAGGAUAUUAGUGCAUGCACCCCACCCUCCUCUCAGUGUGGUCCGCAGAUUUGCCCAUCUCUUGAAUCAAAGCCAGCAGGACUUCUUGGCUGAGGCAGAGCUGCUGAAGCUCCAGGAAGAGGUAGUUAGGAAGAUCCGAUCCAAUCAGCAGCUGGAGCAGGACCUCAACAUCAUGGACAUCAAGAUUGGCCUGCUGGUGAAGAACCGGAUCACUCUGCAGGAAGUGGUCUCCCACUGCAAGAAGCUGACCAAGAGGAAUAAGGAACAGCUGUCGGAUAUGAUGGUUCUGGACAAGCAGAAGGGAUUAAAGUCACUGAGCAAAGAGAAACGGCAGAAACUAGAAGCAUACCAACACCUCUUCUACCUGCUCCAGACUCAGCCCAUCUACCUGGCCAAGCUGAUCUUUCAGAUGCCACAGAACAAAACCACCAAGUUCAUGGAGGCAGUGAUUUUCAGCCUGUACAACUAUGCCUCCAGCCGCCGAGAGGCCUAUCUCCUGCUCCAGCUGUUCAAGACAGCACUCCAGGAGGAAAUCAAGUCAAAGGUGGAGCAGCCCCAGGACGUGGUGACAGGCAACCCAACAGUGGUGAGGCUGGUGGUGAGAUUCUACCGCAAUGGGCGGGGACAGAGUGCCCUGCAGGAGAUUCUGGGCAAGGUUAUCCAGGAUGUGCUAGAGGACAAAGUGCUCAGUGUCCACACAGACCCUGUCCACAUCUAUAAGAACUGGAUCAACCGGACCGAGGCCCAGACAGGGCAGCGCAGCCAUCUCCCAUAUGAUGUCACCCCGGAGCAGGCCUUGAGCCACCCCGAGGUCCAGAGACAACUGGAUAUCGCCCUACGCAACCUCCUCGCCAUGACUGAUAAGUUCCUUGUAGCCAUUACUUCAUCUGUGGACCAAAUUCCGUACGGGAUGCGAUAUGUGGCCAAAGUCCUGAAGGCAACUCUGGCAGAGAAAUUCCCUGACGCCACAGACAGCGAGGUCUAUAAGGUGGUCGGGAACCUCCUGUACUACCGCUUCCUGAACCCAGCUGUGGUGGCUCCUGACGCCUUCGACAUUGUGGCCAUGGCAGCUGGUGGCACCCUGGCUGCCCCCCAGCGCCAUGCCCUGGGGGCUGUGGCUCAGCUCCUACAGCACGCUGCGGCUGGCAAGGCCUUCUCUGGGCAGAGCCAGCACCUGCGGGUCCUGAAUGACUAUCUGGAGGAAACACACCUCAAGUUCAGGAAGUUCAUCCAUAGAGCCUGCCAGGUGCCAGAGCCAGAGGAGCGUUUUGCAGUGGACGAGUACUCAGACAUGGUGGCUGUGGCCAAACCUGUGGUGUACAUUACCGUGGGGGAGCUGGUCAACACGCACAGGCUGUUGCUGGAGCACCAGGACUGCAUUGCCUCUGAUCACCAAGACCCCCUGCAUGAGCUCUUGGAGGACCUUGGGGAGCUGCCCACCAUCCCUGACCUUAUUGGGGAGAGCAUUGCUGCAGAUGGGCACACGGACCUGAGCAAGCUAGAAGUGUCCCUGACACUGACCAACAAGUUUGAAGGACUGGAGGCAGACACUGAUGACUCCAACACCCGUAGCCUGCUUCUGAGCACCAAGCAGCUGUUGGCCGAUAUCAUACAGUUCCAUCCCGGGGACACCCUCAAGGAGAUCCUGUCCCUCUCGGCUUCCAGAGAGCAGGAAGCAGCCCACAAGCAGCUGAUGAGCCGACGCCAGGCCUGUGCAGCCCAGACACCGGAGCCACUGCGACGACACCGCUCACUGACAGCUCACUCCCUUCUGCCACUGGCAGAGAAGCAGCGGCGUGUCCUGCGGAACCUGCGCCAACUUGAAGCCCUGGGGUUGGUCAGCGCCAGAAAUGGCUACCAGGGGCUAGUGGACGAGCUGGCCAAGGACAUCCGCAGCCAGCACAGACACAGGCACAGGCGGAAGGCGGAGCUGGUGAAGCUGCAGGCCACAUUACAGGGCCUGAGCACUAAGACCACCUUCUAUGAGGAGCAGGGUGACUACUACAGCCAGUACAUCCGGGCCUGCCUGGACCACCUGGCCCCCGACUCCAAGAGUUCUGGGAAGGGGAAGAAGCAGCCUUCUCUUCAUUACACUGCUGCUCAGCUUCUGGAAAAGGGUGUCUUGGUGGAAAUUGAAGAUCUUCCCGCCUCUCACUUCAGAAACGUCAUCUUUGACAUCACCCCGGGAGAUGAGGCAGGAAAGUUUGAAGUAAAUGCCAAGUUCCUGGGUGUGGACAUGGAGCGAUUUCAGCUUCACUAUCAGGACCUCCUGCAGCUCCAGUAUGAGGGUGUGGCUGUCAUGAAACUCUUCAACAAGGCCAAAGUCAAUGUCAACCUUCUCAUCUUCCUCCUCAACAAGAAGUUUUUGCGGAAGUGACAGAAGCAAAGGGUGCUACCCAAGCCCCUCUUACCUUGCUGGAUGCUUUCUUCACCACUGCGCUUCCCUGCAGACACCCAGACCUCAGGACUGGGCAAGGCCCAGGGAUUCUCACCUCUUCCCCAGCUGGGAGGAGCUUGUUUGCCUGGCCACAGACAGUGUAUCUUCUAAUUGGCUAAAGUGGGCCUUGCCCAGAGUCCAGCUGUGUGGGUUUUAUCAUGUAUGAUAAACCCCUGGCUUUCCUGCCAGAUGGUAGAACAUGGACCUUGGCCUGGGAAGGCCAUUAUUCUUGUGUCUGCUACUGCCCUCCCACGGUCACCCCAAUAUUACAAGCGCUGCCCCAGCGACUUGAUUUCACCUCUGUGUUCCUUCUCUUUGCACUCGCACAAAGCCAGGGCCAGGCUCCCCAUCCCUACCUCCCACUGCAUCAGCAGUGGGUGUUCCUGCCCUGCCUGAGUCUAGGCAGCUCUGCUGCUGUGAUCUGCACACCCUUCAACCCGGGCAGGGACUGGGGGGAUACAGUGUGUGUUAGUGCCCACGUGGCAUUGUGGCACUGUUGCCCCCCGUGGCGGCAUGGGCAAGUUGACCUUCCAUUAGCCUCAAGUCUUGUUCUCUUGUUUGUGGUCUGUUUAAUAUGUGGGUCACUAGGGUAUUUAUUCUCUCUCCCAUCCUUACACACUGGAUCAUUGUGCAGCCUUAAUCAGGGUUUUAAUGCUUUCUUUUUUUUUUUUUUUUUUUUUAGCUCAAAGAGAGUUCUCAUUUUACCUAUUCAAACUAAUAUCCAUGCCAUGUUUUAUACCUUGGAUUUAAAGUCACCUUAGGUUGGGGCAAAAGAGUCCUCACUCAUGUUUAAGAUCUUGUUAUUUCAGCUUCAUAAGAUCCAAGAGGAGUCUUUCCCUUUUCUCUUUUACCCUCAGGAUUCUCAUGCCUUACAGCUGACUCUUCCAGGCAAUUUCCGUAGAUCUUCUGUCCUGCCUCUGCCACAGUCUCUGUUGUCCCCACAUCUACCCAACUUCCUGUACUGUUGCCCUUCUGAUGUUAAUAAAAGCAGCUGUUACUCCCA